CCCUCGUUCCUGAGCCAGUCCACCACCGCCGCCCGCCUUACCAAAAGAACAUUAAGCGACUCAUAAGCCAGACGGCCGUAUCCAUACGCUCCAGCUCCCAAUUCCAAGCUUUACUCAUCCCUCCCACGAGACAGAAAUACAUCGCCCGACGACGCUGUGUCCACGACGUACACUACAAACGAACCCCCAUCCCCCCACCCUUUGGUUCUUUUACUUUGAUACCCCUCCUUACCACAACUUCGCGCAUCCAAAAUGUCCGGCAUCAAGGGACCGACCCCGCAAGAGCACGAAGGCAGCGCCCUGCGCAUCGGCAUCGUCCAUGCCCGUUGGAACGCUACCAUCAUUGAACCCCUCGUCAAGGGCGCCAAGGAGAAGCUUCUCGCCUGCGGUGUCAAGGAGUCCAACAUUGUCCUGCAGUCCGUUCCUGGAUCCUGGGAGCUCCCCAUCGCUGUCCAGAGACUCUACCAAGCAUCCCAAGUGCAAUCCGCGCAAUCCGGCACCGGCUCCUCGGCCGGCGAUCUCCUCGGCUCCUCGACCACGGACCUAACAUCUCUCCCCGCCGAGUCCCAGCACCCCUUCGACGCAAUUAUCGCUGUCGGCGUCCUUAUCAAGGGCGAGACGAUGCACUUCGAGUACAUCGCCGACGCCGUCUCCCAUGGCCUUAUGCGUGUCGGCCUUGACACGGGCGUCCCCGUUGUCUUCGGUGUCCUUACCGUCCUCAAUGAUGAACAGGCCCAGGCCCGCGCCGGCUUGACCUCGGGAGGGCACAAUCAUGGCGAGGACUGGGGCCUCGCUGCCGUUGAGCUUGGCGUCAAGCGCAAGGCCUGGGCUGCGGGCAAGAUUGAGUGAGCUGGGCGCACCUUGAUGCUAUGCGGUUAUGCGGUUUUGCGAAUGUACGGAUGUGACGCGAGACAAUAUCUAGACGUUGAAAAAGUGCGGACGAAUCCACCCACAAUAAAGAGAUAAAACCAAAACAAACCACAAGCUACCAAGGGUUUGCUACGGUCAGAGGUCGACCCCUUGGAAGCAAACUUC